UAGCACCGCACGGUCGGGGAGUCCCCGGGCCGCCGCCCUGAAGCUCCCUGCUACCUACUGACUGGCUGGCUCGCCUAACAGGCAGCCGCGCGAAGGCAGCGUCACAGGCCCCGAAAGCAGCACAUUGAACGCCCGGAGGCAAAGUCCCGCCAGCUGCAGAAGAGAGAAACGCGUAACUAGCGCCACGUGGCUGCUAACGGUGCUUUCUGGAAGGGAAAUGAAACAAAAACGAGCGAGCUCAGCUCGCCCCGGGAGUUGCGCUCGCAGCGUUACACAACGCGCUCCCCUGCCCCCAGCGCAGCGCAGCGCGCGGAGAGGGGCUCGGGGUUUGGGCCUAUGGUGCACGCGGACUGGCUGCAACCUCCUCGUAGGCAGCUGUGCUAAGGUGGCGCCCGCCGCAGAACCCAGACUCACCCGGAAAUGGCCAAUGCGGUGCCCCUGCUACAAAGCACCAGCAGGAGAGAGAAAAACGACUGGUCGGGCAGCCUUAUUGUUGCCUCCUUUGCUGGAGCUUUUGGGUCUUCGUUUCUUUAUGGUUACAAUCUCUCCGUAGUGAAUGCACCGACAGUGUAUAUCAAGAAGUUUUACAAUGGCAGUUGGGAAGGAAGAUAUGGCCAUGUAAUAGAUGGAGGAAAUCUUACACUCCUUUGGUCUGUAACCGUGUCUAUUUUCUCCAUUGGUGGACUAGUGGGUACGAUACUUACCACACCAAUUGUAAAGAUCUUUGGCCGAAAAUACACAUUGCUGAUCAAUAAUGUAUUUGCAGUUGUGGCUGCAUUGUUGAUGGCUUUUGGUCAGUUAGCAGGGUCAUUUGAAAUGCUCGUAUUGGGACGCACUGUGAUGGGUAUUCAUGCAGGUGUGUCUCUCAGCACCCUUCCCAUCUAUUUGAGUGAAAUAUCGCCUAAAGAGAUCCGGGGUUCUCUGGGGCAGAUCACAGCAAUCUUUAUCUGUAUUGGAGUUUUUAUUGGUCAGAUUUUGGGGUUGCCAGAAAUAUUUGGAAAUGAAUCUCUCUGGCCCUACUUAUUUGGAGUAAUUGUUGUUCCUUCACUGGUCCAAGCUGGGAUUUUACCCUUCCUUCCUGAGAGUCCUCACUACCUCCUACUUGAAAAGCAAGACAGAAAUGGAGCAGAAAAAGCAUUCCAGACCUUCCUUGGGAAAGAGGAUGUCUCUCGUGAAGUAGAAGAAGUUUUGGCAGAGAGUCAAGCACAGAAAAGUGUUAAAUUAGUGUCUGUCCUUCAACUUCUGAGAAACCGCUCUGUGCGCUGGCAGAUCAUUACUGUGAUUGUCACUAUGGCCUGCUACCAGCUCUGUGGGCUAAAUGCUAUCUGGUACUACACGAACAGCAUUUUCAGUGAAGCUGGGAUUAGUCAUACACUGAUCCCAUAUGUUACCUUGAGCACCGGGCUUAUUGAGAUUUUGGCUUCUGUUUCUUCCGGCUUAGCUAUUGAACGGCUUGGACGCAGACCUCUACUUAUUGGCGGUUUUGGUUUGAUGGUCAUCUUCUUUGUGAUACUUACAGUAUCCCUGACUUUACAGAAUCAUGCAUACUGGCUCCCCUAUCUCAGUAUAUUUUGUAUUCUUGCAACAAUUGCAUCAUUUUGCAUUGGCCCAGGUGGGAUUCCAUUUGUCUUGACUGGAGAGUUUUUUCAGCAAUCUCAAAAGCCUGCCGCAUUUAUGAUAGCUGGGACAGUCAACUGGCUCUCCAACUUCUCAGUGGGCCUCCUUUUCCCUUUCAUUCAGAAUGGACUGAAGACAUUUUGCUUCCUGGUGUUUGCUGUCAUCUGCCUUGCUGGAGCUACUUAUCUGUUUUUAGUCCUGCCCGAAACAAAAAAUAAGACCAUUAAUGAAAUCAGCCAGGCAUUUGCCAAAAGAACUUUAGAAGGACGGGAGAUGAGCCAGUUUUCAUCAGAAACAAAAUCAAGUGAAGAACAAGAACAUAACUUCCCUUCUACAGUGGACAAUGGUGAAAUUAAAAACAGAAUAAUAUAACAAUUCAGCGUUCUUUGUAAGGGGAAAAAAUACUCACAUGCUCUUCUGGCUUCGAAAGCAUGUGAUAGUUCUAGCAGUUCAGCGUUUGUGUUAUUAAUACCUCUGUUUAUGUGCUUUUUUUCAAUUCAGAGGAAUAUGGGCAUAGGGCAAAUCAGUGUCAGCUGGGAAGGUUCUGGAGGGAAGCUGAUAUAUGAAGGAUCAUGACGUCUGAUGGGAACAAGAUCCCGAGUUUCCAGGAAACCUAUGGAAUCGAUCAUCAGGUGGCGGGAGGGGGAUAGGAUCAGGCACAGAGAAGGGAAGCUGGAUUAUCAAUGGGAAUUGGGUAGAGCGAUCCUGUGCAAGGACUGGCUGAUCAGUGUGCAGAUAAAUGUAGCAGCUACAUGCCCGCUGAUACAAGUGGACCUAUAUGCCAGUGUCAGAGAUUGAGUGUCUUGGUGGACAUGAAGAGAAGAGGGGGAGAGGCAAGUUCUCUCAUCUUUUCCCAAUAUGCUAUUAAAGUUGCACAUCAAAAUGAAAGGGACACGAUCAUGGUAUUUUUUACAUCAUUUUUUAAAUUUUAGCUGCUGUUCCACCUUUCAAGAACCUCUCUCAUUCCCACUGACUUCAGAAGAUGGAAACAGCAAUUUGUUUCCACAAUUACUGACGCACAUUCUCCCUCCAACCCACAAAUACUGGCUAUAGAGCUAGAUUUCUGGCAUUGGGUUUCUGUUUUUUAAAGCAAAUAGCAGUGAAGCAUUUCUUCUAAAAACAAAAAUUUCAUAUAUUCUGAAUUAAUAGGGUUAUGAGAAAAAUUAAUGAAAUAUUGAGUUACCCAGACUUUAACUUUGACAAUAGUAAUACUUUUAAAAGCAUGUUAGCCCUAUUUUCAAAAGUGAUUUAGGAGCUUAAGUCUUACUAAAGGCCUAUGAGACUAAUGCACUGAAGUGCCUAAGGACAUGUCUUCACUGCCUAAGGACAUGUUUUCACAUGCUGCAACGGUUCAUCUUUUGGCAUUCGAUUUAGCUAGUCAAAUAAAGACCCACUAAAUCAAAUAGUGAGGACACCCCUGUUGAUCAAUUGCAAGGAGUAAGGAAAGUCAAUGGGAGUGUUUUUCUCAUCAACCUCCUACUGUGGGGAUGGCACCGAAACUCAGCUUAAAGUACAUCGACUCCAGCUAUGUUAUUUAUGUUGCUGGAAUUGUGUGUUAAGCCAACUUUCAGCUCUAGUGUAGACCUGCCCUGAGUCAGAUUUCAAAAUAGGGCAUAGACCCUUAACUCUUAUGGUGCUUUUAAAAAUGUUAUCCAAUGUUCGUUUAAUUUCAUAAUAGAACAAGAGCAGGGAUUUCUGGUCUGUGAUGACAACAAGGAGUCCCGUUUGUAUGGCACCUGAAACAGAUGCAUUGAUGAAGUUGCAUGCAGCCCACAAAAGAUUAUGCACAAAUAAAUUAGUUAGCCUUUAAGGUGCCACAGGACUUCUCAUUAUUUUUGCUAAAAUAGAUUUAACACAGCUGUCCCUCUAAUAUUGAUUUGUGAUGUUUACUCUUCCUGAAUCUUAGAGUUUUUAGGCAAGCUAUGGCUCUCUUUCAUAUUUUUCAAUUGUUUUCCUUGAAUAACUGAAGUACCUAGUUAUUAUUGGGAUAAGCACUUUUGAAAUAAAAUAACAAAGAGCAUCAUUUUAUAUAAAAAUAACAAAUCCAAAGCACUUAGAGGUCCUGGGAUAAUUCCUGAGUGAGCAUGUGCAAUAUUUUAGGGUUCCUUGCCUCACAACAGGACCAAGUCUGUGACAUCUCUGACAGGUGUCUGUGUAACCCACACACCUAGAAUCAUAGAAUCA